AUGGGUCGUCCUGAUUCGGAGGCGCCGGCGUCGAGCGUCGCCCACGGAGUUCGAGGAGGCGCGCCGGCGCCCGCGGGGGCGGACUCGGCUUUGGAGACCAACGUGGUGAUCAUCAUGGCCGCGCUCUUCUUCGGGCUGCUCCUCGUCAUCGCGCUCAACUCGCUGGUGCGGUGCGCGCUCCGGCGCGUGUGCCGCGGGGCCGCGGCCGCUGCCGGCGAGGGCCGAGCGUCGGCGCGGGUGGCCUGCAGCGGCAGCGGCAUCAAGAGGCGCGUCCUCAGGAGCCUCCCCGUGGAGGUGUACGGCUCCGGGGAGGACAUCGACGGCGUGUGCGUCAUAUGCCUGAGCGAGUUCGUGGACGGCGAGAAGGUGCGCGUGCUGCCGCUCUGCGGGCACGCCUUCCACGUCCGCUGCAUCGACGCCUGGCUGGUGUCCCACGGCUCCUGUCCCACCUGCCGGCGGCCGGUCAUCGAGAAGGGCGCCAGCGGCGGUGUCGUCGAAAGCCAGCGCCCUGCGGAGACGGACACGAUCAUCAACGUGGUGAUCGUCGAGUUCGUGGACGGCGAGAAGGUGCGCGUGCUGCCGCUCUGCGGGCACGCCUUCCACGUCCGCUGCAUCGACGCCUGGCUGGUGUCCCACGGCUCCUGUCCCACCUGCCGGCGGCCGGUCAUCGAGAAGGGCGCCAGCGGCGGUGUCGUCGAAAGCCAGCGCCCUGCGGAGACGGACACGAUCAUCAACGUGGUGAUCGUGUGA